AUGGAAAUACCCCAGAGGCAGUUGACCAGGGAAGAAAUUAACAGAUGCUAUCUUAGAUGGCAACAGCUUCAGAAUGAGCAUGGAGAAAAUGCUCCAAACGUGCCAGAGUUUAUGUACUUUACCAAAGUUUUGCGUGUAGCAGCAAAACAGCAACAACAACAGCAACAAAAACAGCAACAGCAACAGCAACAGCAACAACAGCAACAACAACAACAACAACAACAACAACAACAACAAUCUCCGCAAAAUGCACAACAACCGCUCCACCAACUAGGUCAACAGCAGCAGCCUAAUGCGACACAAAGUCAACAAGAACAACAACAGCAGCAGCAGCAACAUAAUAUACCAAUACAGACCCACCAGCAACAUCAAACCCGCCAAUCACAGGUGCCGCAGUCACAGGCGCCUGUGAUUGCUCAGCAAUGGAUUCAGCAACAACAAAGAGGUACACAGAACCCCCAUAACCAGUCCUCUGCACAAGCUCCUCAGCAACAAACACCUAGUGGAUCUCAACAAGGCGUGGGAUCGGGAGGAAAUCUCUUCACUCCUGAACAAUCUGAGCUGUUGAAAGCCCAGAUCACCUCCUUGAAGUAUCUAUUAAGUCGUCAAGCGGUGCCAAUGGAGGAGCAGACGAUAAUACAAAAGUCGUUGAACAAUCCACCGGACUUUAAGCGUAUGCUCUUAGCUUUAAGUGAGUUUGUGAAGAAAAAGCAACAGCAACAACAGCAGCAACAGCAGCCACAGCAACACGUUUCGCCGGCGGUGACACAGCAGCCUCCUCAACAGUCCUCAUUCCAACAGAUAAAACAACAACCUCACCAAAUCAUGCAGCAGUCAAUGAAACAACCUAUGCCGCACAUGGUAGGGCAGCAGGGUGGUCGCCAAGGCACACAGGGAUCUCCCACUUUAUCCCAACAGCAAGUGCAAAGUCCUGCAGGUCAGACUCCCAACUUUUUGGAGCAGCAGCAACGUCAGCUCACCGAAGUGCGAGAACCGAUAGGAGGUGCCAAUCAAUCACCUGCCAAUAUCAACCCACCUUCACAGUCUCCAGGCGUCUCAAACCCCAAUAUUAAAUUAGAACUUCGUCCAAGCAGUAUAUCAAGUGAUUCUUCUAGGCCAGAAUUGAGCAAAUCCGAAUCUAGUCCUAUGGAGCAGAUGUCUAUUUCGAGAGGGAUAAACGGGAAGAUGCAGAGCACGGAUGUGAACUCUUUAGAUGAUGAAGGAGAAAAGCCAUCAAAACCACAUCCACCGAUACCGUUAACUGAAUAUAAAACUCAGUACCCCGAGCUAACUAAGAUCAUUGAUGUUAACGUGCCUAAUGUUGUCGUAGAUUCAUUUUCAAUGCCUAAUCUGCCUGAAAGACAGGUAGAUUAUAGAGAACUGUUCCCUUCUAAAGAACACCCCAAACUUAUUUUACAACCAGGAAUACUGCCGGGUGGGGUGGAUGUGCACUCGGCAAUGGAAAUUUAUCAAACUUUGAUAGCUCUUGAUAUUGAUACUGCGGUCGAUGACUGUUUAAAUCAACUGCUGGAUGAUUCUGCCAAUGAGCAAACUAAGAGAAAGGCGAAAUACGAUUAUUACGCGUUACAAUUACUUCCUUUGCAAAAAGCUAUGAGGGGUCAUGUUCUGCAAUUCGAGUGGUACCAAAACUCUCUUUUGACCAAUACCCAUCCUAACUUUCUAUCCAAAAUAAGAAAGAUAAACAUGCAAGAUGCUUUACUGACCAAUGAUUUGUACAGAAGGCAUGAAAUUUUGCAAUAUGAGAGACGGAGGUGUGAAAUAUCGGCUAAGCUAGAGAUGUUAACUGAGAGCUCCGUCAAAUACUACGACAAAAAGCUAGACAAACGUACACAGCGGGUGAAAUUUGGUCAUAGGUUGGUAACAUUACAUGGAAACCUUGAAAAGGAAGAACAAAAGCGCAUGGAGCGCAAUGCCAAACAACGUUUGCAAGCUUUGAAAGCAAAUGAUGAAGAGGCUUAUAUCAAACUUCUGGAUCAAACGAAAGACACAAGAAUUACUCAUUUAUUAAAGCAAACUAAUGCAUUCCUGGAAUCAUUGACAAAGGCAGUGAAAGAUCAGCAACAAUUCACUAAAGAAAAAAUCGACUCGCAUUUAGAAAAAGAGGAGGAAAGUGAAGAGGAAAAUAGCAAUUCAAAGGAAGAAGACGAAGAAGAACGCUUAAAUAUUGACUAUUAUAAUGUUGCUCAUCGCAUCAAAGAGGUCGUUAAAAUCCAGCCAUCAAUAUUGGUGGGUGGCACUCUUAAAGAGUAUCAGAUCAAGGGUCUACAAUGGAUGGUGUCUCUUUUCAAUAACCAUUUGAAUGGUAUACUUGCAGAUGAAAUGGGUCUUGGUAAAACCAUUCAAACUAUUUCACUUUUAACAUACUUGUACGAAACCAAGAAUAUUCACGGUCCUUUUUUAGUGAUUGUACCUCUCUCUACUUUGACUAAUUGGGAUGCUGAAUUUGAGAAAUGGGCACCUGCUUUGAGAAAAGUUGCUUACAAGGGUCCCCCAAAUGAAAGAAAAGCUAAGCAAGGAAUUAUCAAAUCUGGUGAAUUCGACGUUGUUCUGACUACAUUUGAAUAUAUUAUCAAGGAGAGAUCCGUACUGUCGAAAGUAAAGUGGGUCCAUAUGAUUAUUGACGAAGGUCAUCGUAUGAAAAACACGCAAUCAAAGCUAUCACUCACGUUGAACACCUAUUACCACUCUGAUUACAGAUUGAUUUUGACAGGUACUCCUUUGCAAAAUAACUUACCUGAAUUAUGGGCUUUAUUGAACUUUGUUCUACCCAAGAUUUUCAACUCCGUUAAAUCGUUUGAUGAGUGGUUUAACACGCCCUUUGCAAAUACAGGAGGCCAAGACAAGAUCGCGUUAAGCGAAGAAGAAACUUUGCUAGUGAUUCGAAGGCUACACAAGGUUUUGAGACCAUUCUUGUUACGCCGUUUGAAAAAAGAUGUCGAGAAAGAACUGCCGGACAAGGUCGAAAAGGUUUUAAAAUGCAAGAUGAGUGCACUCCAACAAAAACUAUAUCAGCAAAUGUUGAAACAUCGACGUUUAUUCAUUGGUGAUCAAGCCACUAAUAAAAUGGUAGGCUUACGUGGCUUCAACAAUCAAAUAAUGCAGCUCAAAAAAAUCUGCAAUCACCCUUUCGUUUUUGAAGAAGUCGAAGACCAAAUAAAUCCUUCUAGGGAAACUAAUGCUAAUAUUUGGAGGGUAGCCGGAAAAUUUGAGCUUUUGGAAAGAAUUCUACCCAAGUUUCAAGCUACGGGUCACCGUAUUUUGAUUUUUUUUCAAAUGACUCAAAUUAUGGAUAUCAUGGAGGACUUUUUAAGGCUUUUGGGUAUGAAAUAUUUACGUCUUGAUGGUCAUACCAAAUCAGAUGAUCGAACUCUACUGUUGAACGCUUUCAAUGCCCCUCAAUCGGAAUAUUUCUGUUUCCUUUUGUCAACAAGAGCAGGUGGGCUAGGUCUAAACUUACAAACAGCGGAUACUGUAAUUAUUUUCGAUACAGAUUGGAAUCCGCAUCAAGAUUUGCAAGCUCAAGACAGAGCACAUCGAAUUGGUCAAAAAAAUGAGGUCAGAAUUUUACGCUUAAUUACUGAAAACUCUGUGGAGGAGGUAAUUCUAGAACGUGCCCAUAAGAAAUUGGAUAUCGAUGGCAAAGUAAUUCAAGCGGGUAAAUUUGACAACAAAUCAACUGCCGAAGAGCAGGAGGCAUUAUUGCGUUCUUUAUUGGAAGCAGAGGAAGAGCAGAAAAAGAAGCGAGAACUAGGUCUCGAAGAGGAUGAACAAUUAGAUGAUAAUGAGCUGAAUGAGAUUCUAGCAAGAAAUGAUGCAGAAAUCAAGAUAUUUGCCGAUAUUGAUGAAGAGAGAAGCAAAAAACAUCUCGAAGAAGGGAUCACUACUAGUUUAAUGGAAACAUCUGAAUUGCCAGACUUUUAUCACCAAGACAUUGAGGCAGAGAUUGAAAAGGAAGAAAGCGAGGCUGUUAUUGCUGGUGGAAGAGGCACGAGAGAACGGAGAAGUGCUCAGUAUGGGGAUGAUUUGUCAGAAGAACAGUGGUUAAAGCAGUUCGAGGUUAGCGAUGAGGAAGACGAUGAAGAUGUCGACGUCAGGAAGAGAAAGGCGGGCAAAACUCGAGGCAAGUCAAAGAAAGUUAAGAUAGACCCUGAGGCAGAUCCUUCCGGUGAAUCCAUCGACACUUUGAAAGCUGAAAACGAUAAUGCAAAUGAUGCGGUAAUUCCGUCGGGUCGAACUUCGAUGAAGUCAACGAAAAGCAUCAAGAGCAAAGCUCGCGGAAAAUUACGUGCGUCUAAAGAGCGAUCUGGUGUGAAAGCGAAAAACGGGAGAAAUUAUAAUCGUGAUCCGGGAAGUACCACUCAACCGGUGGAUAUUAGGAAAGACGUGGCCACAAAAGCCAAAGAACUAUACGAUUAUGCUGUGAAUUACAGAAACGAGGAUGAACGAAGGUUGGCUGACAUUUUCCUUAUCAAACCAUCGAGAAAAUUGUACCCUGAUUACUAUUUGUUAAUUAAGUACCCUGUGGCCUUCGAGACUGUAACCAAACAUAUUGAAAGUUUGGCGUACGACAACCUGAAACAAGUUUUGGAGGACUUUCAUCUAAUUUUUUCAAAUGCUAGAAUAUACAACACCGAGGGCUCUAUAAUUUAUCAUGACUCGAUUGAAUUAGAGGGUGCUGUCACCGAGAAAUAUAAAGAGAUGACUGGAGAUACCGCUGACGUUGAUUUCACUGAGUUUGAUGAACUUCAUGCAAGUCAACCUCUGGUUCCCCUCUCAAGUGGCAUUGAAACGUCAAACGAUCCUACGCCUACACCGCAAUCAGAAUGA